AUGCGUACUCCCAACUCCAUACGCUCUACAUUCCCUCUCACCACUCUCAUACGCUCUCAUUCCCUCUCACCCACUCUCAUAUGCUCUCUUCCCUCUCACCCCUCUCAUACGCUCUCAUUCCCUCUCACCCAAUCUCUCAACGCUCUCAUUCCUCUCACCCACUCUCAUAUGCUCUCAUUCCCUCUAACCCACUCUCAUACGCUCUCAUUCCCUCUCAUCCCUCUCACACGCUCUCAUUCCCUCUCACCACUCUCAUACGCUCCUCAUUCCCUCUCACCCACUCUCAUACGCUCUCAUUUCCUCUCAACAACUCUCAUACCCUCUCAUUCCCUCUCACCCACUCUCUCACACUCUCAUUCCCUCUCACCCACUCUCUCACUCCGCUCUCAUUCCCUCUCACCCACUGUCAUACCCUCUCUUUCCCUCUCACCCACUCUCACGCUCUCAUUCCCUCUCACCCACACUCAUACGCUCUCAUUCCCUCUCACCCACUCUCAUACGCUCUCAUUCCCUCUAACCCACUCUCAUACGCUCUCAUUCCCUCUCACCCACUCUCAUACGCUCUCAUUCCCUCUCAACCAUUCUCAUACGCUCUCAUUCCCUCUCACCCACUCUCAUACGCUCUCAUUCCCUCUCACCCACUCUCAUACCGCUCUCAUUCCCCCUCACCCACUCUCAUACGCUCUCAUUCCCUCUCACCCACUCUCAUACGCUCUCCGUCCCUCUCACCCACUCUCAUACGCUCUCAUUCCCUCUCAACCACUCUCAUACGCUCUCAUUCCCUCUCACCCACUCUCAUACGCUCUCAUUCCCUCUCACCCACUCUCAUACCCUCUCAUUCCCUCUCACCCACUCUCUCACGCUCUCUUUCCCUCUCACCCAAUCUCAUACGCUCUCCGUCCCUCUCACCCACUCUCAUACCCUCUCAUUCCCUCUCACCCAAUCUCAUACGCUCUCAUUCCCUCUCACCCACUCUCAUACGCUCUCAUUCCCUCUCACCCACUCUCAUACGCUCUCAUUCCCUCUCACCCACUCUCAUACGCUCUCAUUCCCUCUCACCCACUCUCAUACACUCUCAUUCCCUCUACCCCAUUCUCAUACGCUCUCAUUCCCUCUCACCCACUCUCAUACGCUCUCAUUCCCUCUCACCCACUCUCAUACGCUCUCAUUCCCUCUCACCCACUCUCAUACGCUCUCUUCCCUCUCACCCACUCUCAUACCCUCUCAUUCCCUCUCACCCAAUCUCAUACGCUCUCAUUCCCUCUCACCCACACUCAUACGCUCUCAUUCCCUCUCACCCACUCUCAUACCCUCUCAUUCCCUCUCACCCACUCUCAUACGCUCUCAUUCCCUCUCACCCACUCUCAUACACUCUCAUUCCCUCUAACCCAUUCUCAUACGCUCUCAUUCCCUCUCACCCACUCUCAUACGCUCUCAUUCCCUCUCGCCCACUCUCAUACGCUCUCAUUCCUCUCAACCCACUCUCAUACGCUCUCAUUCCCUCUCACCACUCUCAUACGCUCUUAUUCCCUCUCACCCACUCCUCAUACGCUCUCAUUCCCUCUCACCCACUCUCAUAUGCUCUCAUUCCCUCUAACCAACUCUCAUACGCUCUCAUUCCACUCCUCACCCACUCUCAAACCGCUCUCAUUCCUCUCACCCACUCUCAUACGCUCUCAUUCCUCUCACCCACUCUCAUACGCUCUCAUUCCCUCUCACCCACUCUCAUACGCUCUCAUUCCCUCUCACCCACUCUCUCACGCUCUCAUUCCCUCUCACCCACUCUCUUACGCUCUCAUUCCCUCUCACCCACUCUCAUACGCUCUCAUUCCCUCUAACCCACUCUCAUACGCUCUCAUUCCCUCUCAUCCACUCUCAUACGCUCUCAUUCCCUCUCAACCACUCUCAUACGCUCUCAUUCCCUCUCACCCACUCUCAUACGCUCUCAUUCCCUCUCACCCACUCUCAUACGCUCUCAUUCCCUCUCACCCACUCUCAUACGCUCUCAUUCCCUCUCAACCACUCUCAUACGCUCUCAUUCCCUCUCACCCACUCUCAUACGCUCUCAUUCCUCUCAUCCACUCUCAUACCCUCUCAUUCCCUCUCACCCACUCUCUCACGCUCUCUUUCCCUCUCACCCACUCUCAUACGCUCUCCGUCCCUCUCACCCACUCUCAUACUCUCAUUCCCUCUCACCCAAUCUCAUACGCUCAUCGCUCUCAUUCCCUCCCACCCCACUCUCAUACGCUCUCAUUCCCUCUCACCCACUCUCAUACCCUCUCAUUCCCUCUCACACACUCUCUUACGCUCUCAUUCCCUCUCACCCACUCUCAUACACUCUCAUUCCCUCUACCCAUUCUCAUACGCUCUCAUUCCCUCUCACCCACUCUCAUACGCUCUCAUUCCCUCUCGCCCACUCUCAUACGCUCUCAUUCCCUCUCACCCACUCUCAUACGCUCUCAUUCCCUCUCACCCACUCUCAUACGCUCUCAUUCCCUCUCACCCACUCUCAUACGCUCUCAUUCCCUCUCACCCACUCUCAUACGCUCUCAUUCCCUCUCACCCACUUCUCUCACCCCCCCCACUCUCUCCCCCCCUCAUUCCCUCUCACCCACUCUCAUACGCUCUCAUUCCCUCUAA